AUGAAAACAACCGGUCCAGUGUUAAUCCAUGUUGUCACCGAGAAAGGCAGAGGCUAUCCCUAUGCUAAGAAAGCUGCAGACAAGUACCACAGUAAAGUAUUACUGUAUUGGUUGAAAAAUGUUAUCAGAACAUUAGUUACGCAUAUGCUUGUAUCAGGUGUCACUAAGUUUGAUCCUGCAACUGGAAAACAAUUUAAAUCCAGUGCCCCGACUCAGUCAUACACAUCCUACUUUGCAGAGACUCUGAUAGCUGAAGCGGAAGCUGACAAGGACGUUGUUGCAAUCCAUGCAGCAAUGGGAGUUGGGACGGGUUUGAACCUUUUCUUGCGUCACUUCCCAACGAGGUGUUUUGAUGUCGGUAUAGCCGAACAGCAUGCCGUAACUUUUGCUGCAGGUUUGGCCUGCGAAGGCCUUAAACCUUUUUGUGCAAUUUGCUUAUCCUUCAUGCAAAGGGCUUAUGACCAGGUAGUGCAUGAUGUGGAUUUGCAGAAGCUACCCGUGAGCUUGGCGAAAUCACACGAGAUCUUGAUCACCGUGGAGGAAGGGUCAAUUGGCGGUUUUGGAUCUCACGUAGCUCAGUUCAUGGCCCUAGAUGGAAUUCUUGAUGGAAAUUUUAAGUGGAGGCCGCUGGUUCUUCCAGAUCGGUACAUUGACCAUGGAUCUCCGGCUGAUCAACCGGUGGAAGCAGGGCAUACACCAUCUCAUAUUGGUGCCACAGUUUUUAAUGUACUUGGGAAAACUCGAGAGGCUUUGGAGAUUAUGUCCGAGGUGUAA